CUCUACUCUAAAGAGUCGGUGUAUGACCUGCUCCCCAAAGAGCUGCAGCUGCCUGGCUCUUCGCAGCAGGAGAAGCCUGCCAUGAGUCAGAAGAGUGGAGGAGAGGCCGGUCCUCCUCCUCCGGCAGCGCUGGCCGCAGGAAGCUGAGGGAUCUUAAAACAAGCUGCCCCCAGACUAGUGUCAGACUGUCCGUGUUGUGGCAGCACUAAGUAGAGGUAAACCAGCCAAGCAACCAGCCAAGCAAGCAAGCAACCAGCAAAACCAACAGCUACCAAGAGAAGGAAACAACACAAGCACUGCUCUGGAUACCUAAACGAACGCACACCAUUUAUUGAAUUAAAUGACUGAUAUAUCAAUCUGGCUCUUCAUAGUGUUUCUUUCUCGCAUUCAAUUUAAUUGCAUUGCAGUUCUGUGAAUGUACUGUACAUACCAUUAAACCCUCAACACUAGGCUACAAAUGUACAUUUCAAAAACACAAACAGCAUGGACCAAAUUUGAUUGGUGUCUUCUCUGGAUGACUCGUAUGACUGACCAGCUCUUGUUGUUCAUUGGCUGUCUCGUUUUUAUUCCAGGGCGUUGCCUCUGAAUCAGGGAGAGUCUGCAAUAUAAAAUGGUCUGCAGUUCUCUGCUUCGUAGAUGCUGCCUCGUCCUGCAACGUCUCCUCCAGCCCAGUAGGGGGCAACAGCACUGCGCUCCCUGGUUCCUCCUGCCCCAGCAUGCUGUCCGCUACCUCGGGUCCCGAGCAGUGCUCCCAGCUCCUGGGCGAGGGCCCGGGCGGUCCGGUCCCAGGAGGAGGUCAGGGAGCCCCGGGGCUCGGGGUGGAGGCGGCCGCUGGGGCGUCUGGUGACGGCAGCAACAGCGGAGGAGGAGGAGGGCCUCAGCAGAGCCAGAUCACCCCGUCCAAACGGCGGACAGUGCUGAACAUCUCGCCGCCGCCAGAGGACCUGCUGGACGACAGCCGCAUGUCGUGCCAGGAGGAGGCGGCGGCAGCGGCGGGGCCUGACUCGGAGCAGAGCGGCAGCAUGUGGUUGGACGAGUCCCUCUCCAGCUUCAGCAUGGCCAGCAGCAGCUCGUACAACGACAACACCGAGGUUCCGCGCAAGUCGCGCAAGCGCACGCCACGCCAGCGGCCCGGGCCCAAGCCCGUCGCCGCCCAGGCGCCCAGCAUGGAGGUGUUUGACGCCGACAGCGCCAACGCACCCCACUUUGUGCUCUCCCAGCUGGGCUCGGACUCCAAAGCCACCCCCAAGACCAGCUCUCUGGAGGCGGGCGGCCCUCUGCGGGCGGGUGUCCUGGCGGCGCAGUUCCCCCCGAAGAGCGAAGGUAAGGAGCUGAAGAUCCUGGUGCAGCCCGAGACCCAGCACCGGGCACGCUACCUCACCGAGGGCAGCCGGGGAUCCGUCAAAGACCGCACCCAGCAGGGCUUUCCCACCGUCAAGCUGGAGGGCGUGAGCGAGCCGGUGGUGCUGCAGGUGUUUGUGGCCAAUGACACGGGUCGCGUGAAGCCCCACGGCUUCUACCAGGCCUGCAGGGUGACGGGACGCAACACCACCGCCUGCAAGGAGGUGGACAUCGAGGGGACCACCGUCAUCGAAGUCAGCCUGGAGCCCACCAACAGCAUGACCCUGGCUGUGGACUGCGUCGGCAUCCUGAAGCUACGCAAUGCGGACGUAGAGGCCCGCAUCGGGGUGGCGGGCUCGAAAAAGAAGAGCACGCGCGCCCGCCUGGCAUUCCGCGUCAACAUCCCGCGUCCCGACGGCUCCAUGCUUGUGCUGCAGACCACCUCCUCGCCCAUCCUCUGCACUCAGCCAGCAGGUGUGCCUGAGAUUCUGAAGAAGAGCCUGCACAGUUGCUCGGUGAUUGGGGGAGAGGAGGUUUUUAUCAUCGGCAAGAACUUCCUCAAGGGAACCAAAGUGCUGUUCCAGGAGACCAGCUCAGAUGACAGCGGCUGGCAGGCGGAGGCUGAGAUCGACAUGGAGCUGUUUCAUCAGAAUCACCUGAUAGUGAAGGUACCCCCAUAUCGGGACCUCAGCAUCACCUCUCCAGUGGCAGUAGGCAUCUGUGUCGUGACCAACGCGGGGAGAACCAAUGAACUGCAGCCAUUCACUUACACUCCCCACUCCGAGCCCUCGGUAGAUGUGCCUGUGAAGUCUGAGGCUUCAACCUCAGCCAAGUCCUGCCCGUUUGAGGACCGCAUGAAAGCAAUGCAAACUGGGAACAGUAAUAUUGACAGCAACAUGAUGACUCCGCUGACUCUGAAGCGAGAGGAGGUCACCCCUAUGGAGGUGUCUACCAAUGCCCCAGCAUCCAAUGUCUUUAAGCCAGAAGACGUUCUUGGAGCCCCACAGCAAAUUCUGGAGGUAAAUGUUAACCUCCCAGCCUCGAGCAGUGAGUCAUUCCCCAGUCCAGCCCCCCUCCAACCGGCCGCCACCCAGCCGCCACAGGCCCCCAUGUUCGCUGUGCCAGAGCCACUGAGCACCAUCCAGAAACAAGACAUCGCCCCCAGCUCCUCCUUCCAGGUGUCCCUGUCCGAGGACGCCACCGUCCUGCAGCCCGUGCCCCCCCAGGUGCCGCAGCAGUUCCUGCGGGAGACCCCUGAGACACUCUCCCCGGAGGAGAGCGGCUCUGAGGAGGCGGCCAUGCUGAUGAUGAGCAUGCCCCAGCUGGAGGCCUUGCCAGCCUUGCCCCAGCAGCAGCAGCCAUCCCCCGUGCCCACACUGCUGCCCCAGGACGGGGUGGCUCAGCUGGAGAGGGCGGUGCGUGAGCUGCAGGCAGGCGGGGACUCCCUGGUGCAGCAGGUGCUGGUGGCGGCUGCAGCACAGCAGCAGCUCAACUCGGUACUGUACAACCCUGUGCCCUCAGCGGACACCCUGCAGAAACACGUACAGGAGAACAUGAACAGCCUUCAGCUGGGAGGAAAUGAUCGAUCCAUGAACUGUCAGCAACAGCAACAACAACAACAGCAACAACAACAACUGCAACAACAACAACAACAACAACUGCAACAACAUCAACAACACCAACAACAACAGCAGCAACACCAACAACAACAGCAACACCACCAACAGCAGCCACAGUCCUUACUGGAAAAUCUGCAGCAGCAGCAUCAACAAGCAUUAGAGAACUUACAACAUCAACAGAACGUGCUGGAAAAUUUGAAACAGCAUCAGAAAGUUCUAGAGAACAUCCAGCAACAUCAGCAAGUCUUGGAGAACCUGCAGCAGCCCCCACUGCAACAACAGCAGCAGCCCCCCAAAGUCCUGGAGUCAAUUCAGCAGCAGCAGCAGAACACUUUGAUCAACCUUCAGCAUCAGAACGUUCUGAAUGACCUGCACCAGCGAAACAGUUUUGAGAACCUUCAACAGCAGCAGCAACAGCAGCAGCAGCAGCAGCAGCAGAAUGUCUUUAACAGCCUGGAGCAGUUGCAGUCGGAGCUCAUGCAGCAGCAGAUCCCCAUGCAAUGCACCCCCAGUUUCCCUUCCAGCGGGGCUCCUAAGCAGCAGCCCCCCACCUGCCACCCUUCUGAGGGCCUUCUCCAUAGUACCCCCCAGCAACAGCACCAACAACAGCAACAACAGCAGCAGCAACAACAACAACAACAACAACAACAAGCACUUUUCCAACAAGCCGGUGGACUCUUGACCAUCCAGACGUCCAGCUUCCUUCAGCAGCCUCCCUCCCAUCCUUCCCCACCCCAGCAGCUUUUCCAGACACCGACCCAGAUGUCGGAAGCCCAGAGUCAGCAGGCGGUGCUAUUCGGGUCCAAACCCACGCCAGCUCAGGCACAGGUCCAGGCAGCUCUCUUCCCCGGUACCAUCACCAUACUGGCAGCAGACCAACAACAGGCCCCCCCUGCCCUCUUCCUGGAUCAGAGUGUCCUACCGGGCCAGUUGGGAACAGACAGCAAUCAGACUCAGCAGCAACAGCAGCAGCAGAUUGCUUUCAUCACCCCCAUGCAGACGUCUGCGUCCGAGGCCCAGGCGGUAUCGCUGCUUCAGGGGCAGAUCCAGUUGUCCACACCUAUGGAGCAGCAGCACUCGCCCCAGCAGCAGAUGCAACCGCAGCCCCAGGCAGCCCCCCUGUUCCAAAGCCAACCCCAGCAGCAGCAGCAGCAACAACAACAACAACAACAACAGCAACCGCAGCAGCAGCAGCAGCAGCAAACAGGCCUGCUGUUCUGCACCAACCCCCUGAACCACCAGGAUCUGCCCUCGUCUCUGCUAUUCAACAGCCAGCCUCAGGGCCUCUUUCAGGACCAGCCAAUGCAAGUGGUGCCCAGUAGUGCCAGUGUGAGUGUGGAAGCCGCUUCCAACCAACCCCCUGUCCCUCAACCCCAGGCCUCCCAGAAUCCUCUGCUGUUCUCCCAGACUGGCAUAGUUUCCGUGGGACAGCAAGACACUGCAGAGCCGAUGUCCUUCCAGGAGCAGAGUGCGGUGGUGGGCGACCCCUCAGCCCAGGGUGGCUCCUCACAACCAGGUCUGUUUCAGGACCAGCAGCCCAUGCAGGUGGUGCCCAGCUCUGGUAGCGUGUCCAUCAGCUCUGGUGACCAGUCCACCGUUGGCCUCUUUCUGCCACAGGCUGCCAUUACAGCUCUGCAAGGAGGCGUGAACAGCCAGGAGAUGUCUCCAACUGCCACCACUGCGGCCAUUUUUGCUGGGCAGAGCACCAUGGCAGUAGGGGGGCUUCAAAGCUCCAGCGGCUCCACAGCACAGGCGGCCUCUGAUGCUCUCUUCCAGUCAGCCAUGACGGGGGCCCUCAGCCAGCCUGGUCAGCCUCAGCAGUCUGGCCUCUUCCUCUUUGAACUACCCAAUGAUUGCAGUCAGCUCAUGAAUCCUCAAGGUCCUUCACUAGCCAACCCGUUGGUCUCAAUGGGCCACGGGGGGCUCAGUCCCAACCAGGGCUCGAUGCCCAGCAGCGCCCAGAUCCAGACCCUCCUGGAGCAGUCCAGCAGCCUGAGCGACACCCAGAACAUGGUGAAGAUCGACGACAUCCUGGAGACACUGCAGGAGCAAGAGAAGAGCCUGUCAGGGGACUUUUAGCUCCGCGAGGCUGAGGUGGGCAUUGCGACCAGUUAAAGCUUAUGUGGCCUCCGUGCGUUGAGUGGCGCGAGCUGCUGUGAGAGGCCUUCCUGUAAAUCUACUUGUUUCACAUCAGUGUGGCGACUGUGGAGUCAGUCGUACUGCGGAGAUGGAGUCAUGUGACUGUAACUCAUGAGGCUGAAGCCCAUGGACCAUUGUAGGUUUGGUCUGGUAGUGGUGUGGCCUGUUGGGGGUGGGGGUGGGUAGAGGCGAGUUAGGCCUGUCAGCAUAUCACAUGGGGGUUAAACUGUGUGUUAAACUACACCUAUGUCUCAUGUCAGCACUUUGUUUUUCACUGCCUCUUCUUCCCUCUUUUUUUUUUAACUGUGAAAUUCAUUAACGCAACACUUCUCAUUUCAUGUCCUCUUUUUAUCUAGUUUUUAAACUAUUUUUUUUCCCCCCUGGUGGUCCAUUUUACAGAAAGCAGCUCAUUGUUAUCAAGAUUUGUACUCUUUUUAAAUGUUUUUUGUUUUGUUUUGAAAUGUUUUAACCAUGGUAAUCUUUAGCACUUUAGAGGGCUGUGCAUGGCCAGAGGCCUUAGGGGGGCAGAUAACCUUUUCUGGCCCACAGCAGGCCCAAGGCCUCUUGUGUUUCCAAGUGACUUCUAAGGCUUUCUAGGGCUUUGUGUUUUCAUUUUUAUACCAAACAACUAUCUCUCUCCAUUGGUAACUGUUGCAUGCCCAACAUUUUCAUACUCUAUUUUUUGCCAUCCUGGUCUAAACGUUUUGUAACUCUUUUUGUACUGUGUGUUCCUGUGUGUGUGUGUGUGUGUGUGUGUGUGUGUGUGUGUGUGUGUGUCCACUUGUGUGUUUAUGUGGGUUGGUGAGGGGGAUGUGCUUGUCCAUACAUGACUUAUUGUGAGAUGAGGCUAGCUGUCCGCAUAGCCCGUUAUAGAUAAAUCUGAAGGUAGAGGUACAUAGCUUCUCAUUCAUUCCAGUCAGCUGUAGGCCACACUGCUUUAGUGUGCAUGUAGGGGUUCUCAACUCAGUGCUCUUGCGACUAUUUGUGCACAUACACAAACACUUGAGUACUGUGUGUACAAUGUAUACAUGAUGUAUAAGUGUGUGUUUGUUGAAUAGAAGGAUAUACAGCAUAUUGCUAUUUGUAACUAUUUAACAAAGUUGUGUGUUUCUGUAGUGGUAGUUAAUGGUGUAGACAUUCAUCUGGCAUGUGGCUAUUUUGUGUGUCAGAAACGAGGAGUUUUGAUGGGAGGGCUUAUUUGGUUGGGCCUCACAGAUCGAACUUUUGUUUUGGUUUUCUAAGACAUCGGCAGCCAUUUCUGAUCUACCUAAAAAGUGCUACGUGUAGUUACUAUAUGGACACUUGUGAUGUUUACAUUUGCGGUCAUAUCAGUUGUCGGUUUUGUGUUUUUUCGAAAACAUAAUAGCAAAACAUUAACCUAGACGGCCCCAUGAAGGAGACAAGAUAUCCCUUCAGGCAGAACCCCUUUCAUCCAGGUAACUCAAGUUAGUGCCACAUCUCGGGGGACAUUUAGUCCUAUGGGCCGCCAUGUCCAACUGUGCUAGAAAAGACUUUAAAAGUGACUUGCGUGUGUGUCUGUAUAUGUGUGUGUCUAACUCUGUCUUGUAUGUAUCCUGCGUUGUGUACAUAUUUAAGUGUUUACAGUUCUCAUUUUUCAUUCAGAAUCAAGACCAUGUCAUAUUUUUCCCUUACUUUUUAUAAUGUGCAUUUCACAAGCCAGGUGUACCUGUCGUUUCCAUUAUCAUCGUCAUUACCCGUACACAUUCAUCACCUUGACUUUACCUGUUCAUGUAUCAUUCUCUCUCUGAUGGGUCUUUAUUUCCUCACCCGGGUUGACAUGCAGUAUUUUGUGGGGUUGACAUGCAGUAUUUUUUCAUAAAGGUGAAAUGAUGAAAUGUACCAUGUACAUUUGAACCAAAUAGACAUACUGUAAAUGCACAUACACAGGCAAACAAGAAGGUUUUCCCAGGGGGGUUCACCCUGUGCAGACUAGCCGUGUCGACGGUCUGACUACUGCAUUCAGCCCCCGUGUCAGCUCUGUGAUGCGAGACAAUGCGACUGUCGCCAUCACUGUGCACCCAAACUGUGAUUGUUGUCCUUUUGUAGAGCUCCUCUCGGCACCCGGCGGGAUUAUACCCCAACCCGCCCCCCCGGGCUGAGGUUUACUGCAAAGCACAUUCGGCUCGGGGACCGCAAGCAAGCCAUAGAAACAAGCAAACAUACCAACUGACCGACCAACAAACC